AUGAUGCAGACGGUCGCGCAGCAGGUCGCCCACGAGCGGUACCUCCGGCAGACCUACAGGGAGCUCCUGGCGACGGAGCAGGAGGUGCAGUUUCGGGGCAGGGACGCCUACGUGCCGAGGCUGGUGACAGUCGACGUCCGCGCGGGCGCUGGGGCCGGGCAGCGCGCUGCACCGCCGGCCCCUGGUGGCGGCAGCGUCCGCGUGUCGUACGCGGAGCCCCUGCAGAGCAGCCGGCCCGCGCUCGCGCGCGGCAAGGGCGGCGGCAGGGGCGGGGCCGAGCGGCCGCACGUGCUCCCGAGGAGCGGCGUGGGCGGGCUCGAGCCCGCGGGGGCCGUGCCCUCCUUCCUGCCGGGCGCCGCCGGCAGCUCCGCGCCGGGCGCGUAG